UUACGCCUUCUAAAAUCAGAAGUCCGCCAGAUAGAGUUUGAGACAUGAGGCCGCGGAAGGCGACGACGGGCCGGCGAACCGCCGCGUCGCCCCGCCGCGACCGCCCUCUCGACUCGCUCGGUCUCGAACCGGUUCCCUCUUCUUCCUCCGCCUCCCGCCGCUCCUCCCGGGUCUCUGCCUCCCUUCUCCUUGAUGACCACCCCGGCUUCCCGGCGGAGGAGGCCGCGUCGGACUUCCCGUCGGAGCUCCAGGACGGCGGAAGGUGGCCGAGUCCAACGGAGCCCAGGACCUUUACUCACAGCGUGAAGCAGCAGUGCUGGGAGAAGGCGGAGAAGGUGAAGGGCCGCGACCCGGACCGCUGGCGCCGCGACCCUCUCGGCAACAUUGUCUUCCGGAAGCUCGUUGGUUGCCCCGGCUGCCUCUGCCACGACUAUGAUCACAUACUCCCCUACUCCAAGGGUGGGAAGAGCACCUUGGAAAAUUGCCAAGUUUUGCAGGCAACUGUUAAUCGAUCUAAGGGAAAUAAGACUGAGGUAUCCAAAUCUGACCUAAUACAGAAGAGCGCAUAUUGUAGAGUUUCAGGACGAGACAUGGAUCUUAUAGAACUCUCUGCAUAUGGUAAUGUCCGUCGUGCAUCAGACUCGGGGGGUUGCAACAUCCAAUGACAAAAACAGCAGUAUCUGAAAGUGACAAGCUAUAGGAAAAAGCAACUGUGUAAGUGAUCCAGGGAAUCUGUCGUCCUACUAAUGUCUUUACUUAUGUAAUUGGAAAAUCAUAUGUUCAGUGACUUCGAAAAAUGUGCAACAAUGCCAAAAUAUUUUAUAUGUAAAAUCUGUCCUUAGAAUCUAGACUGUAAUCCAGUUGAUUUGUUACAGGCUAGUGUUUUUUUUUAUAA